GAGCUGCAGUAACAACCCCUGGCUGGCUGUCUGACUGCGGGUAGCGCCUAUACAACACUCCGUACAGCAACAACAUCCUCGGCAAGGUGUCUGAUGCUGAGCCCCCUGCCCUCCAGCCUCUCUUUCCAGCCGCUUGAAGAGAGGCGUCCCUGACUGCCAUCACUGGCCCUUGAGCUGGCGAAGCCAAUGGAUCAUGGUCUGUUUGAGAUGGAGGGCGGCACAAUGUCACAAGUUCAUGUGGACGGCUUUGAGCUCUGUGACAACUUAUCUAACUCCGAAGCCCUCACAGCCCAAACCCGAAACCUCAAUGAGACGCUCGCACAAACUCUUUCCCAAACUGAUGAGGGAGGAACGUGCAGCUCCAUCCAAAAAACCUCCCUGGACAACAAUGGGAAGGAGGAGGUUGAAACUGGAAAAGAGGAAUACUUAGAAGGAAGCAGAGAUGUGGAUGAGGAAGAGGAUGUCGAUCAAGUCAUGAAGGAAGAAGAGGAGGAAUCUGAGACAUCAAGCUCUUUGAUAUGCUGCCAGUCUCCAGAUACUCCCAUGACUGAUUCCUCAUAUUCAGAGACAGGCAGUCUGCUGGAAACUCCAUAUCCCUUCAGCCCCAGGACCAGUCCAGAACCUACAUCCCCUGUCAUUCCAGUUCUUAGCCCGGAGACUUUGCAUCCCACUAAUUCAUUUGAACUGAGUCCGAGCAGUGUGGAAGUCAUUUCUAGGGCCACCAACUCUGGAUUGGAUUCAACCGAAACAGAGGCUGUCAACUUCAGACAAGUAGAGUCAGUAGAUUUAACUUCACACGUUACAACGUCAGGCACACAGCUUGGCAGCUCUUCUGGGCCUAGAUGUAGCACAGUAGCCUCUGAUACAAUAUUAAAGGACUCCUGUCCAGAACAGCCUACCUCUUCCAAGGAGCCUGUCUCCAACUGUGGGCCUACUUUUUCUGGAGGGACCAGCAGCUCAAGUACAGGACCUGUCAUCUCAGCUGGGCUCAGCAGUUCUACUGAAUCCACUCUUUCAAGAGUAACAGCACAACCCUCUACCUUCAUUACAGGGAGUAAUACCACAGCUAAAGAGUUCACUAAAAGCUCAUUACCUACAUCCUUAAAUCAGGAACAGUUUUCCUCCACUCCAGUUCCUGAUUAUUCUUUAGUUUCAACCUGCUCAACAGGAUCUAUUUUAAACCCAGCUCUCCUGGAGUCUCUCGAGGAGCAGGCAGAAAGCGAUGAUGGUACCCACCUUCCACACUACCUUCAUCAGAUCGCUGAGACCUUUGUCCUUCAGAAAGACUACCAGCGAGCAUUAUUGUUUAUCCAGCUAGAGCAGCUUUACCACCAGAGAGUAUUGGAAAACCUGAAUGCACUUCAAGAGCAGUGGGUGAGUCACUGUGGAGGGACAUCGCCUGAGCUGGCAGCCACCCACCUGGACUCUCUAAAACACAUCUGCCAGACGCACACUAGACCAAGGACACGAGAUGCAGAGGUUGCUCUUCUGGACAAUUUGAGACUUAAAUUUGAUGGUGGUGAUUCCCGGUCUUCAUGUAUCUCAGGUCAUCAGGUUAAAAGAGUGAUGGAGCAGAGAGCCAAGGACUCCUCUGGUCCUGCUACACUCUCUGCUAAUUUGCUUGAAAGGCUCAAUCUGCCUGAAACAGGCAGGGAACACCCAAAUGGAAAAUCAGAGAGGAGGGACAUUUUUUAUGGCUCUGAGCAGACUCGAAAGCAAGCUUACAGCUUAGAGGUGGAAGGAGGGGUAGAACGCACCACUUCAGCCCCGGGAAAUGGGCUGCACCCCUCCACAUCUGGGGGAAUGGAUCGCUCCGACCCCGCAGAGCAGCAGGAGGAAGAUUUAGGUCCUGCACGGGAAGCAGAAGAGAAACAGGAGGAGGACAAUAGUGAAGUGGAGGAGGCAGCAGAGGCUCUGGAGAUGGAAGAAGAGGGGACAGAAGACGAGGACGAGGAGAGCGAAGGAGACUCUCAUUUGUGUCAGGGAGCUCCCUCAGUGGAGACUCUGGUCAGUGGGGCAGGGUUGCAGCUGCACUGGGAUGCUUCAGCUCAGGAGAAGCUACAUGUAUACCAGGAUACUCAGGAGGGCUCUGAAACCUGCCUGAACGAGGAGGCACUCCCUUCCCAGGAGGCUGAUCCGGAGCAACAAGAACCAUAUGCUGAAGAGAGGGAGGAAGAAGAGGACUGCAAAGCUGACUUUAUCAGGAGAACCCCUUCGCUGGACGACAUGGCAAAGCUCAUUACCGUGGAGGAGAUCUCCCCUGCUUCUGGACUUGUCUCCAUCUUAAAGAAGCGAAGUGUGUAUGUGGACAGCCUGGCGAGUUCUGCUGGUCCGGAGCCCGGACCUGAGAAACCCACCGCCAAAAGACGUGUCCGCUUCAAAGUUCCUGAUGAUAGCGAUGACCAGGAAGUUGGUGGCAGCGACUCCUGUCUGCUCCUCUUCCUCCUUUGUCUGGUUACUGUAGUCAUCAGUAUCGGUGGCACCGCCCUUUAUUGUGCUCUGGGUGAUGCCCAGUCCUCGGUCUGUCAGGACUUCUCCAGAAAUGCAGACUUUUACAUCAGCCAGAUACGCCGCGGGAUAGCUCAGCUGCAACACUGGUAUACCUCUGGGUCAUAGCAGAAAACAGUUGGUCAACAACAUGGAGCCUCUGGCAUGUUGAUUCCUGCAGUUCCUGCUGCUUCCCAGGACAAUGGGUAUUGAGGUUCCUCAUGGUCACUAAAGAGCCUACUGCCAUUUAAUUUGUGGCUGAACAUCUAUUUGCAUUUAGCAUUUUCAAACCUGUAAUGUUAAUGCUCUGUGAAUGCAAUCCCCAGUGCACUUUUAAAAAAACAUAGUUCAGAUGUCUGUUUGCAGGGAAAUCCGCAGAAAAAACUAAAAGACUUAACUUCUGAUGUCUUAAUUUUUGUACCAUUGAAGAUCUGCCCACUUUCUUACAUUCUGCAAAAUUUAACAAAGUCUUCUGUGCACGACCUUUGCUGAGAGAAGUUUAGUGCUUCAGUUUCAAAUUUAUUGGCUAAAAAAGUUGUCCUAACUUGCAAACUUACUGUUUGACACUGGUGUCCAACUUCUGCAAAAGAUGGGGAUGAAAAUGGUGUCUAGUUUAACGCCAUUUAUCAUAAGAGAAGAAGCUCAUUAGAUGUUUUAUAAUUGGUGCAACAACAGGUGUUGCUUUUACUUAGGAUUUGUUUUUUAACAACAGAAAAUUUUACUUGAGAGAUAUAACUUUGCAUCUGUCUGCUACGUUGAAUGAAAUCUCCAUGUCCUAAGUGUAUCUUAAAAUACGAAAUGAAUGUCUGGAUGCUAAUGAUAAACUUUGCUUUGAUACAUCUUUUAAAGUGACAAAAAUCAUAGUGAAUUUGUUAAUAUUUACCAUCAGUGAAAUGCUAAUGGUGUACUAUCAUGUCAUAUAUGUUCAAUGUGGGUGAAAUUGUGUGAAACACUUUAUUUUAUCUUUUGCAUUUCAUUUGCAAUGAGCAGUUACUAAAGAGCUCCCUAUUGUCUGUGCAGCACAGAUCUGACUUGGUGCCCUCUUUAACUCUUUUUGGGUCUCCUGAGCAAGAUCUAGUUUUGUGUAGCAUAUUUAAAAUGUAGAGAAAAUGGUGCACAUCUGUACAUGCUGUCAAACGAUUGUUUAUCAUGUUGCACUUGAGACCGGUACUUUUUAAAACAAAUAUUUUUGAAGAUUUUGCAAUAUUUCUACAGGCAUUUUUAUUAUUUUUGUUAGGCCUAAACAUGGGCAUGAAUUAAGAUCAUCAGAUACGAAACCGUUCAUAUGGCCUAAAUGUUUACACAGACCACUUCAGCACAGAACCCCUGAACUACUUGUUUGUGUCAAAAUACGAAAUGUUUUAUUCAUGUGAAAUUUAGAAAAAUAUAUAUUGUUAACGUUAUUUACUUGGUGUAGAUAAUCGAUACAGGACCACAUGAAGCUUUAUCUGCCUGUGUGUUUGUUCUUUCAGGGAAUUCUGGGAAUUAAUCUGCUAAGACAGCCAGUCUGUUCUGGUAGAUCUCCCUAAAAAUAAUUUUAGAAAAUGAGGAUGAGUUGCCACCAAUUGGUCUUCCAUACAUGUCAUCGAGAUAACAUCAUUUUUUUUAUUUUUUUAUUUAUUUAUUAUCUAUAAAUCUUAAUUUUGUCUCAUUGAGGUCAUUAAAUAACCUAAUAACCUCUUUUGACUCAACUCUAAGACACAUUGCAAUGCUUUCUUUGGUGUUGUGGAGGAUUGAUUAACAAACACUCGUGGAAAUCCUCAAAUCUCAUACAAAGUGCUUUGGUGGGAUAGACUAAAGUGGACAAAAGUGGGCGAAAAUUAAUGUUCCUUCCUACGUAAUGUUUUCUUAAAAGGCUUAUAUCGUCUUUUUUAUAAACUAUUUUUUUCCGUUUUUAUUUUCAUUUUGAGGCUUGUAACACAUGAUAGUUAUAUUAAUUUCCACCUGCUUAAAAAUGAGAAAGAGAAAAAGCAAGAAGAACACAGCCUAAAGCUGCAGAAGAGUAAUUAUGUUGUGUUUGCAUUGAUGCUUGGAACACACGCAUCAGUAAAAGUAAUGACAUGAUAGUCUCCAGCUGAAGUUUCAGCUCAUGAAGUGAAGAUUUAUGUAGUGAUGUAUCCACUGAGUAGGAAAAAGUCAAAAAAAAUAUUGCCAGAGAGCUAUAGGUUGGAGACCUAACAAACCGGCAACCCAUGAAGAGAUUUAUAAGCACUCGGUUCUUAAAUCAUAGGCAAAUGACUGCUUGUGACAAAAAUAUUCAUUCAUAUUCUGGCAGGCUUCAGAUAAGCGAUGUAAUUUCUGCUCUGGUUCUGUCCAGCAUUGUUACUCUGAUGAUGUCAGCAUGUUCUUUUCAAUUACUGUGCUGCCAGAAAGGCCCACAUUAUUUUGGCGAGCCAUGUAGCGAUUGUGCAAAUUUUCCACAUACUUGGUAGUUUAAUAAUGAGGACUUAACUACACUAAAGCAGUGUAGUUGUCAAAACGUUAUUCCGAGGACCCUGUCCGUUAGGGCUGCACAAUUUAAGGAUAACAUGCGAUAUAUGACAUCAUCAUCCAUAUAUGGAAGUGCCUUCCAGUUUUAGUCUGCUCGAAAGGCUCUUGUACUUUCAGAAAAGUGCGUUUUGAAAUCAUUUACCCGCUUUGAAAACUCAUGUUAAGACAAAUUGAAAUUUAUUUUUCAUACUUUCACUAUUUUUAGGUUUUCUGGCUCUAAUAUAUGAUAAUAUAGGCCCUUUAAAGACUAAACAGUAUUAGUCUCUCUCCAGGUGUGUCACUCAAAAACCUAAUGAUUUGUUUAGGACAUGAGGAUUUUCCUGUACUUAAGGAGUUGUUGAUGCAUUAAUAUUGAUAUUUUUAUUUGCACUUGUCAGCUGGCUGGUUCAGAUGACAAUUAUCAAAAAACUACUUUUAUUUAACCUUUCAGAUUAUUUGUAAUUGUUUAUGAGACCAGGGAUGUAUAAGUGGUUUUAAAAAGGCAGAUCCAACUUGUGGUUUGUGCUUGAUCUCUUCAGAUGACUGCUGUAGUUUAUUUUCUAUAUUAACUUUGUUCUUUUGAGAACUUUGUUGAUCCUCCUGGUCCAUUAUGUUUCUUCUGUCCUGAUUUUCCUAACAUAAAUAUGAUUUAUGACUUUCUGCCAAUGCUGUCUUUAUCAUCUUCUGCAUGAGAAUUGUUAAACUAUUCAAGUAUUCUUUGUUUCAUCUAAAAGUAUUAAACCUGUUUUUAUUUUUUUUAAACCUUUCAGCCCGACAUUAAAAAGAAGUAGAUAAAUGGUGAUGAAUAAUCAGAGUGUACUGCUACUCAGUCUGACAAGACUUUCAUGCAUCAUUUUAUAAACUCUGAAUUGUUUUCUGAGUUGUAAAUUUGGUUUAAUAAAACAAAUUUUCCUUA